UGUGACUUCCACCAUGGUGUACCGCAGCCAGAGCCAGAAGGUGCAGAAGGUGAUGGUGCAGCCCAUCAACCUCAUCUUCAGAUACUUGCAGAAUAGGCCCCGGAUUCAGGUGUGGCUAUAUGAGCAAGUGAAUAUGUGGAUAGAGGGUUGUAUUAUUGACUUUGAUGAGUACAUGAACCUUGUAUUAGAUGAUGCAAAAGAAAUUCACUCUAAAAUAAAGUCAAGGAAACAACUGGGUCGGAUCAUGCGGAAAGGAGACAAUAUUACUCUGCUCCAAAGUGUUUCCAACUAGAAACUCAGGCACUCAAAGUUGAAGAAGUAGUACAGUAUUUAAAGGUGUCUUCUGCUCAGAACAGUCUGAAACAUUUAUUCAUAUUGUCUUAGUGGCCCUUAUGUUAUUAUCAGGUGACAAUAAAUGC